UCGGCCCGCGAUGAGGAUGAGCCCGAGCACGGUAAAAAGUCCCAGAAGUGGGAUGAAAUGAACAUCUUGGCUACGUACCACCCGGCAGACAAAGAUUAUGGCAAGAUGAAAAUAGAUGAACCAAGUACUCCUUAUCACAGCAUGGUAGGAGAAGAUGAUGAGGAUGCAGUGAGUGAUUCAGAAUCAAAUGAGCCCUUAAAAGCAGAUGUGUUGAGUAAAAAACUGGCAGCAGCAGCUGAAGGUGAAGGACCCAAGAUUAUAGCAAGGCAAGAGCAAAGCAGUGAGGAGGAGGAAGAGGAUGAAGAAUUGACACCUGAAGAACGAGAGAAAAAGAAACAGUUUGAAAUGAAGAGAAAAAUGCACUACAACGAAGGACGGAACAUCAAACUGGCAAGACAGCUCAUUGCAAAAGAACUGCAUGGUGAAGACGAGGAUGAUGAUGAAGAUGAAGAGAUGCAUGAUGCUGCAGAUGCAGAAACAAUGAAUACAGAAGCUACUGAACACGCACAUGCUACUUGUGACCAGCUGGAAAGUAGAGCACACAGCAUAGAAGAAAUCUGUCCAGAACUGUAACUGCUUGUCACAGACACAAAUAUAAACAUUGCUUCAUCAUUUUUGCAAUUAAGGCUCUUAAAUAUUGAGAAGCAUAUCAGUUACAAUGUUGUAUUGCCAAGAAUGUUAAUUUUAGACUUUUCCAUUAGGCAGAAAAAAACCCUGUCUAAUUGAUUUAUUCUUGUGCCUAGUAUUUCAUGGAGAAUACUGCUUCAUAAUCUGUUCAAGCAGAAUGGCAUUCCCUCUGUGUAACGCUGAUUAUCUUGCGUAACGCUUCAGAACAGAGAGCAUCUUUUGGUUUUCCACUAUUUAUUUGACAGUGUUCUGUGUGUGGUAUCUCUUAUGGGAAGGUUUGGGAUUCAAGAGCCAAACGGUACAGCAUAUAGCAGAUUAACAUGCAAGCUAUUUAUGAGAUGUGUUAAGCAGUUUAAAAAGGGAUUAUUUAAGUCUUACAAUUUCUUUUUUUCUUUGUAAAGUGUUGACCUGUUAAUCUAGGUUUCAGUAUGUUAUUACUUGUAGUUUCCCAAUCUUGAGAAGAAGAGCUGUAUUAUUUUUUAGGAGUGGUGUUUGGAAUCAGUUGUUAGUUUCUGACUAAGGCAGUACUAACGUGGAGGGAAAUGUUUCUACACUGGAAAUGUGCUAACUUGAACUUUAUUGUCAUUUAUCUCUUCCAUGGGGACUGGAUGUUUUGUGGAGCUAUCUUUGGGUUAUCGAGAGAAGAUGAAAGUUCCCUCCAACUCUUCUCUUAAAACCACAUCCACUGUCGCUCUUCUGGCUUGUUUCAAACCUUUGGUCCUUUACAGUUGCACAAAUAGUGCUUGUGCUGCUGGCACCUGAGGAAAACCACCCAUGAGCAAAUCCACAUCAGAACUGUAAAGAUGAGCUGAGUUUAGGCUCUGGCUGUUCUUUUUAUAUAAAGUUAACUGCUGAUGAUCUCCUACUAAUUUGGGGUUGGCAACAUGCAUACUGAAACCUAGUGGUCAAAAUUGUCCUGUAUCCAUACAACUUCCAGCAGCUGCUUUUGUAAAAUGAAAGUUGUUUGGAAGAAUAGAAGGGAAACUGCCUAAUUCAGAUGCUUGUUUACAGUGUGGUUGUAUAGCCCUGUCAAGAGGGAUUCUGAACUUCCCAAAUUGCUGUAAACAACUCCCCACUCAGUGGAAUUUGACUGGUUAAUGUUUCAGCAUUCAGAGUAGUUCCUGGGUUUUAUUACACAAAUGAAGUAUACACUUAAGCUUUAGCUUGGUUAUGGAAUACAGUGUAUAUCUUAACUUUGAUCUGAAUUUGAUAUGUUGCAAAAAUCCAUAUAAUUAUAUGGAUCUAUUUUAAACUGUCUUUUUGUUCACUGUACAUGUGAAGUUUGAAUAAAGGAAUGAAAGUUAUUUUACAGUUACAUGCAUUCUCAAG